AUGGAGACAUGCAUAUCUUCUCUGCCGGAAGUGCAAACCGAGGAAGAAGUUGCUGGCGGAGCCCUCAAGAAAUGGCCAGAAAGAGCAUCUGCAGUUCCGCCGAGAAUAACCCGAGGUUCAGUUUCAGGCAUCAACCCUGAGAAGUUCGAAGAGGACAAUAAGUUGUGGGCAGAGCGAGCGGGCCACUACAAGAAACUGAUCCCGCCACUGGCCAAGGGGAGAUACAGGAACGUGAUGGACAUGAAUGCGGGGAUGGGGGGUUUCGCCGCUGCGCUGAUGGAGUAUCCGCUCUGGGUGAUGAACGUGGUGCCUUUAGGUUCUUCUCCUGAUGCCCUUGGUGUCAUCUACGAUUGUGGGUUUAUUGGAACGUACCAUGAUUGGUGUGAGGCUUUCUCGACGUAUCCCAGGACGUAUGACCUCAUCCACGCUGAUAAAGUGUUCAGCUUCUAUCAGGAUAGGUGUGACAUAACAUACAUUCUCCUGGAGAUGGACCGGAUUCUGCGGCCUGAGAGGACGGUGAUCUUCAGGGACACCGUGGAGAUGUUAGUGAAGAUACAAGCCAUCACCAAUGGCAUGAGAUGGAAGAGCCAGAUCAUGGAUCAUGAAUCCGGGCCGUUCAACCCUGAGAAGAUCCUUGUGGCCGUCAAAACUUACUGGACCGGGGAGCCUGCCCAAAAGCAGCAAUAGCUAUCGCCUUCAUCAGUGUUGUUCUAUGUCGUCUGCUGCGAAAG